CUAGCCAUGUAACUGUCUCUACUCGGGUCUGGUUUUGAAAUUUUGGAUAGAAUGGUAAAUGGUUCAUAUAGCUCACCAUUUUUUUGGUUUAUGAGUGGCUUCAGGCACAAUAUAUAUGUUUCAUUUUCUUGUUUGGCGAAGGUUCUUUUACAUGAACUAAAACGUGAGCUAAAGUAUUCGUCAUGAAAUACAUAUUAACAAACAUUCAUUCCAUUUACUCAUAUCUUAAUUGCUCUUUUGGUUAUGGCUCAAUGAACACGAGUUGCUCCACCAACAUUCUUGGAUUCUUUGAGGUGCUUGUAGUUUCUCUAAUGAAUCUGCUCUACAUCGAGCCAUCAAAAAUUCAGAUUUUGUGCCUGACACUGAACCUUCUCUCUGAACCCCAGACAUUGACGCCAUGUAAGUGUUUUGAGUCUUGUCGUGAUGGUGGUGCUGUCUUCAGCAUGUCAACCAAAACUCCAACCGCCAUGUCCUGUGACUGUCUCCCAAAACUCCAACAUGCAUCUACAAUGGCACCAGCUAAGAAAGCUCGACACAUAAAUAAACUAACUUCUCGAUUAAAAAAUUAUCUUAGAAUACGUUGAACUCUCCUAAUUCCUAUACCACAUUCAAUUAGGCGGACUAGUUUGAAGCCCACGCUUGGCCCAGAAUCAUUUAGCGUUUUAGUAUUUGAAGGUUAACCUUAAAAUUAUAUAUAACCUCUACUUCCCUGGCCGAAAGAAGGAAAAAAAGGAGAGUAUUUGAAGGUUAAACCCUAACUACUCGAAACAAUGGAGAUGUCAGAUCUUCCGAAGGAGUUGGUGGAGGAGAUUCUCUCAAAGAUUCCAGUUACAUGUAUGAGAUCAGUUCGAUUAACUUGCAAAAAGUGGAACGCUUUAUCCAAAACUCGGAGUUUUGUAGAGAAACACAUUGGUGAAGAAACAUCUAGAAAAUCUAGUGUAAUCAUGACGAUGAAUCAAAAAGUGUAUUUGCUCGGAGUCAGUUUCAGUGGAACUCACAACAAGUUUGAUACAUCUAUAAAGCACAAAGGUACACUUAUAAUCCGUAACAACAACAUGGAUUCAGAGCCACUCGUUUUAAAAGUUUUUCACGGUGAUGGUUUGUUACUAUUCGUCAUGGUGAAAAGGGUCGUCGUUUGGAACCCAUAUUUGGGUCAGGUGAAGUGGAUCCAAGCAAGAGAUUCUUAUUAUCAAGACGAUUUUGCUAUGGGAUACGCAAAGAAGGACAAAUCUCAUAGCCACAAAAUCUUGAGGAUCUCUAACGUUAAUAGUAUCCCCUACGAAAUCUAUGAUUUUAAAUCUGAUUCAUGGAAGGUUCUUGGUAUCACUCCACUAGAGGAGGAUGUCUUUCUUUGUUAUGAAGCCUUAUCACUCAAGGGAAACAGCUACUGGGUUGCUAGAGAAAAAAUAGAAACAAGGAACAAGAAGUUCUUUAUAUGUUUUGAUUUUACAGAAGAGAGAUUAGGAUCGCGUCUCAGUUUCCCGUUUGACUCUUAUUUUGAAGAUAUUGUGAUUCUAUCUAAUUUUGGUGAAGAACAGAUUGCUGUUUUGUUUAAGAAAUGGGGUAAAUUUGAGAUGAAGAUAUGGGUUACAAGUAAGAUUAAUCCAACAACGGUAUCUUGGAGCAAGUUUUUAGAAGUGGAUAUGAGACCAUUCAUUACUGGUUGUAAUCAUGUUUUCACUCAGAGUCGAGGCUUCUUCAUUGAUGAGGAGAAGAAAGUUGUUGUUGUUUUUGGUAGACACGAAUUUGAUGAUACUCGGAAGAUAGCUUACAUUAUUGGAGAAGAUGGAUACUUUAGAAAAGUUGAUCUCGGAGAAGAUACGAACAUUUUCAGUCACCAACAUGUACGUUCUUAUGUUCCAAGUUCCGUGCAUAUCAACCAUCCUUUUUGCUAACUUGUUGAGUAGUUUACUUAAACUAUAAUAUUGUUACUUAAACUAUAAUAUUGUUUUCUCGGAUGUUUAUUUAUUAGUUAUCAAAAAUAUGGUUUUAAGCAGUUCCUCUAGCUUUGAUCUCUACUUUGUUAAUAAUGCAAAACAUUUUGGAACUAAAAAUGAAGGUGUAUAUAAAAUUCGAUCCAACUCAAAAUAUAUAUGGACAAAGAAAAUUCAGAGAGACAAUGCCUAAUUAAAGCAAAACUCAACACCAUUGCCAACAAAACCUAUCCACGAAGUUAAUGGAUUCUCAAUUCCGAAUUUCAUUGGAUUUCAAUUCUACUGUACUAGGGUUUAAUUAAUUUUCUUUUUCCAAAGGGGGUUAACUAGAAAUAGUUAUUAACUCAAAGGGGUUAGUUUUGAAAAUAAAAGUUAAACGUACGUACAUAUAUAUGCUUAUUGCAUGAAGACAUUAAUGGUGUUUACCAUGAAGAUGGAGCUAGAAGAAGCACCGCCACAAACAAAAUCCCUUGUCUCAAGGCCGGAAUGCUCUUACGAAUCCAAAUUUUUUUUUUCCAAAUCUCCUUAUUGGUUGUUGCGUCAGAAUAAAGUUACAUAAAGUGUGACUAGGUGUCUUCCUGCACCAUAAAAAAAAUUAAAAUACUUUUUAAUAGAUAAAUAUAAAUAAUAUUUUAAAAUAAAAUUUUAUUAAUAUUGUAAAUUUUAUUUUUCGU